AUGGCGCCCAAGCCUCUUUGCAGACUGGUCUAUGACCCUGCUACAAAUGCUAAGUUUAUGAAAGUAGCGAUGGAUACUACCAGGUCUCUGUACAGUCGCGAACACCUUGAGGAAUGGAACUCUGAAGUAGCGCGCAAGUUCAAGAGGGAAGCUUUGCCAGACCCCAAGGAGCUAGAAAUGUUUGACGAAUGGGACAUGAACGGAUACCUCAAUGAACAGGAGAGAGAGCGGGAGAGAAAUCAUGUGGUGAAACCAGCAAAUCCAGCGACCGACUAUUAUACAGCUGUCGCCUACACCGACUUUCGGGAUAAGAAGGCGCUUAGUCAUCUGAUUGGUCUCUUCGAUCGCGCUGUUUACCCAUACAUCGGUAUUGGUAAUCAUGCAGGCUACUGCUACCGUCUGAAGCCAAUGACAGACGUUCUCGAGAUAGACGAAGAUGAGAUCUGGACCCGGGACCCUGUAGAAAUUGCCCCGGAACCACUCGUCGGCAUCGAAAUCAAAGGCCCCGAAGGAGCCAAAUUCAGCGACCCGGCUGUCCAAAGCCUCUUUGAAAAGAAGAAGCGCAACUUUUCGGAGUUCAGCACGGACGAGUCUUACUGUAGCGCCUCCAAUGGAGAGAGCAUCUCCGUCUCAGCGGAUAGCAACUAUGGUUUUGCGUUCCUCCCGCUCGGCGAAGUCCACUACAUCAGCGAAGCAAGGCUGCAGGCCGAGAUGACGAAGACCCCACCUACAGAGAAGAGCGACAUGGAAUGGCACAACAGCGAAUUCGUCCUCGGUGUCACCACUGUUGGUCCCGGUGGGAAGUACGGCCGGGCAGGAGAGGUGUGGCUGCUGCAAGGCUUUCUCGUCGAGAACGAAUAUGACAACACUCCAUUUCAUAUUGAUGAGCACGACACGUGGUGGGGAUUUUUGGAGGGCGAUCCUUGCAAGUUCCAGCGUGCGGGCAUCAAGAUUGCAGAUAGCUUCGACGAGCUGCGCGACGGCUACAAAUGGGUGACUGAGAAGUAUUUCGAGUUCAAGUACGACGUGACGGUGGCUCUCUACUUCAAAGAUGAGAAGAAGGGUACCAUUAUCGUCCGGCAAGAGUCAGAUCGGAGGAAGGCUGGUAUGGCAUUGGGACAUGCAACAGGUUCCACAUCGAAGUAG